AAAAUAGAAAAUCUUGAAGGGCUAGACUAAUAAAUAAAUCUGAUGGAGAAAGAGGAACCGCUGCUUAAAACCAUGUCGGACGGAAGUAUGGAAAGGGAGAUGGCUCCGGAGAAGUCGCCGCUAGAGCUACUCCGAGAAAGAAAAUCCUCCAUCGAAGAAAUCAUCUCGAGGAUGCUCUCCAUCAAGAAUCAGGGACUCCCCAAAUCCGAGAACCGCGAACUCCUCACUCAGAUGUUUCUCAACUUCAUCAACCUCCGCCAGGCGAAUCGUGCGAUUCUGAUGGAAGAAGAGAGAGUGAGAAGAGAGACAGAGUCAUCAAAGUCUCCAAUGGAUCUCACUUCAUUGCAGCUUCACAAUCUCACGUACGAGAAGAGCCAUUACCUCAAAGCCACCAGAUCUUCCAGAGAGUUCAAAUCCAAGUACCCCAACAUCGAUCUCAUAUCCGAACAAGACUUCUUCAGAGACGCUCCCGAAGCUAUCAAAUCUCAGACGCUCUCAAACGAUGCUUCCCAUGAUUUGAUGCUUAAAAGACUCAACUUUGAGCUCCAUCAGAGGAAAGAGGUAUGCAAGCUUCGAGCUGAGUUGGAACAACGUAAGAACUGUUUGCUGGAAGCUAACUCCGAGCGUGCCAAGUUUCUCUCAAGUCUCCCACUGCAUCUCAAGUCUCUGAAGAAAGCGUCUUUGCCUGUACAGAACCAGUUGAGUUUGCCGAAUCCGAAGAAGCUCAAGUAUCAUGAUCUAGCUGAGCUUCUUCCUCCGCCGCUUUACGUCGUGUAUUCGAAGUUCAUGGCCCAGAAGGAAGCUUUUGAAGAGAACAUAGACAUCGAGGUAUCUGGGAGUCUUAAGGAUGCUCAGAGUUAUGCUCGCCAGCAAGCGGAACAGAACCAAGAGAGCUCUGAUGAUGAUGGGAAAAGGCAAAGGAAGCGACUUAAGAAAGAGAGUUCUGAUGAGGCAGGACUGUAUCGAGUCCAUCCUCUUAAACUUGUCCUUCACAUUUAUGAUGAUGAGACUCCAGAUCCGAAAUCACAUAAGCUUGAGUUUGAGUAUUUGUUGAAGUUGAAUGUUGUAUGUGUCGGCAUUGAAGAAUCUCAGGAUGGACCAGAGAAAAAUAUCCUGUGCAACUUGUUUCCAGACGAUGCUGGACUUGAGCCUCCUCACCAGUCAACCAAGCUCAUUCUUGGUGAUGAUCAUGCAUUUGAUGAGAGCCGAACAUCGAGGCCAUAUAAGUGGGCACAACAUUUGGCGGGGAUCGAGGUUUUACCUGAAAUGUCACUGUUUGUAACUGGCAAGAAUAAUACUCAAAACAGUGAUACAGCUUCUGUAUCUGAUCACUACAGUGUGCAGACUGUUCUGAGAAGAAUACGGGCCCAGAAAAAAGGCUAAGCUAACUCUCACAUGAUUCUGUAUGUUUUAUUCAAAUGUUUUGAUUAUCUGUAUUUGAAUACUUUCAUGGUAUUUGUAGCUCUGCACACAUUGUUAGACUGUAAUGCCCCAACAAGAACAGAAUGAAUGUAGCAUAUUAGCAGA